CAGGAAACACAGAAAUCUGAAAGGAUCUCAUCAGAGGCACAAUACACUUUAACUGCACAGCACCUCUUUAAGAACAUUUGUUUAACACUGCUGUGUUGUUGCAGGCAGAGCGGCUUGAAUCGAUAAAUGAACCAGCAGGGAUAAAUCUAAUUUCAAGGAGAAAAAUUGCUGCUUGGGAGCAGAGAUACCAAAGCCUGUAGGGAGCAGCGGUGGUGUGGUAUAAGAGAGGGAGAGUUAACAAGGACACAGCAGACAUGGAGGACAGAGACAACUAGCAGGAGUUCACCGAGGAGUUGACUCCCAGAGGGAACAGACUCAUCCUCCACAGCAACAAUAGCUCCCAGGGACUGAAGCAGCGCAUUGAGUGUUUGAGGAGUCAGACUACCCCCCUGAUACUUAUUGGCUUUUUGGCCUCUGUCUGUGCCAACAUCGUUCUCACUGUGCUCUUGAUUGGCAGCCCAGUGCCAGGUGCCUAUUCUCCAUCUCUGGGUUUGAAAUCAGUGCAGAAACGUUACAUCUAGCUGUGCGAGGACUACGUUGCUCUGGGACACAGCUGUUCACAGACAGUGAAGCAGUGCAGUGAGUGGCCUGAAAGUUGGCAUCACAUCAGGAAUCAGUGUUACUAUUUCAGAUGUGACAAGCUGGAUUAGUCAAAAAGCUGACACAGAUGUGAGGAGAUAGGCAGCCACCUUACCAUACUGCACACCGUGGAACAGCAUGUUGCUCUGGAAAACAAAGCUCAGAAAAUUGGUGGAUUUGAUUACCAUUUCUGUGUCAGUCUGUCUGAUAUUGAAAAUGAAGGGGACUGAAAAUGGGUGGACAAUACAACACUGCCACAUAAAUACUGGGAUCAGUGGAGCUCAGAGCCCGACAACCACCACUCAGGAGAGGAAUACAGAGAAGAUUGUGCCACCUUGGACAGUCACUCAAAGACAUGGUUCGAUGUUUCUUGUGAUUACACUUAUAAACGAAUCUGCCAGAUGGAUGCCAUUUAA